GCAGCCCUUAAUAUUAAUAUUCGCACUCGUUCACAUGCAAACUUAGCGCAGUUCCUCUCUAGUCAUGAAACGUUCGGUGUCGCCGAAGCGCGUUUCGCACAACGGCUCCGGUCUAAAAUAAGCUUUAUCCUUUUACAGUAACACGACCAGUAAAAGUUGGUAGUGUAUGAUUCGCACAGAGUAGUUGUGAACACUCGCUAGGGAGUGCGUACAGUGUGGCACAUGUUCCCGAUGUGGUGAUUCACUAGCGGAGUCGAAAAAAAAACCGGGACGGCGGGAAGGCGAGCGAGGAACGAGGCAGCGAAAGUCAUUGAUCCCGCCACGCUCCCCGAGGGCCGACGCCGAGUCGACGCCAUGGCUGAGCUCACGGAGGCGGAGGCAGAGUGGGGCGCCUCGCCGGUGCAGCUGGUGCGGCCGCUCGCGCUCGCAGUGUGCGCCGCGCCGGUCGCCGGCGCCGCCGCCCUUGCGCAUUGCGCACUCCUCGCCGCUCUGCUCAAGCGAUCAACCAACGGUCUGUUUUAUAUUCUUAUACAAUUGGCCAUUGUCGACUUAUUACUGCUGGGUACAACCAUCGCACCAGAGCUAUGGUCUUACAACGCAAGAAGUUGGCAAUUUGGAAGAAGUGCGUGCAUUGCCUACCGCGGGCUUAAUGUAUUCUCAACGACGGCAUCUUUAUAUUUAAUCACUACAAUAGCUCUCCACGCUUUGGCAACAGCGAGUUUGGAAGAAAAAGAAGUUCGCCUAAACAAGAGAGAUGAUCUUGAUGACGAUGAAGAAAUAAGAUCGUCCCGGCACAGCCUGGUCGCAAGUAAUACCUCAACGCCUCGUACGUUGAACGUUGAUUACCGCCUAACUAAUACUAAAAUACGUAUUGCUCCUCCUGUAGUUUUCGUGUGGGUUUUAUCUGCAUCGCUGAGCGUUCCGGAGUUUGUUUUGGCGACUACUGUCCAUCUAGAUCAUGAUAUAGUGUUAUGCACGCUUGUGGAUACGAGUCAUAGACUUAACAUGCACACAUUAUUAGCCGUUUUCAACUUGUUCCUACCCAUUAUUAUAAUGAGCACUUCCGCAGUUUUAAUAACGAUUAAACUGAAGUCUAAGAAAGGUCACUCACAGUCUAGUGAAACGUUUCCUGCAUUAAAACUAUCGUUAUGCUUAAUUUGUACUUAUGUUAUACUCUGUGCACCACGAUCCAUCGUUAUGGUGUAUAGUUUGUAUGCUACAUCGACAGUUGAGAACGAAUACGCAGUGGAGCAACCCGGUUACGUUUUAGCAUUGGUGAACUUUAUAUGUGAUUGCUUAUAUCUAGUGGCUACUGCAGUAAGACCUCUUCUUUGUAUAAUUAUUCUUCCGGUAUUAAGAAAAGUGUUCAUAUUCGGUUUUACAAACUCUAAUGUUAAUAUUUAAAGACUGUGAUACAAUAGUAGUAUUUCUAAUGCAUUUGUCAAUUUUACAUGUAAGAAUAAAGUUUUAUUUUUUUAAGACAGA